AAAAGCUCUUGCGUGGCGGUUCGCGUGAGUUCGCGCGGAACUCGCGACCAGACCGCCGAACCAUACCGGCGCGUCUAGUCCGCGUGCUCGCGCGAAGAGUAGGCCAGGAGGGGUGAACGAAGAGGAGCCGUGCUACAGUCAGUCGGCGGUGAGACUCCGCGUGCGACAUCUCGUUGCCGUGGCUCUUUCCUACCCUCUGCGGUCCGGCCCUCGCGUUUUUCCGCUUGUUCGUCACGUGUGUUUAUGUGCUUAACUUCGAUCACGACGAGGAGACAGAGGGUAGCGGCUCCUCGAGUGAAACGCGAUCGUGUAAAGUUCGAUUAAAUGUGCGGCUUUUUACGAGGACGAGUCUGCGCUUGAUCGUUACUAGGAUCGGUUGAAAGUAUUGGGUAGGAGGACGAGUGAUUGUAGGUAAAAAAUUCUACUUAACUCGAGCGUCGGAAUUUUUCCGCCAUGCCUUAACCACUGGCUGCACGAAGAUCGACGAUUCAAAGUGGGCCAAAAAAAUCAGGCAUGAGAUUGCUCGGUUUUACGAAGUGGCUGUUCACGUGGCUAUGCAUAUUCAGUCUGCCAAGGGAAAAACGAACGAAUGAGAAGUUUAUACCGGCAUCCACGGGAAAACCGUCACGGCGAUUUUCAGCGGGGCGCGUGCUUUCUCUUUCUCUCGUUCUUUCCAUGCUCGUGUCGGCAACCAAACGAGCGUUUUUAUUUCGUCGCCGGGAAGGAGAUUAACAACCGAGGUAAACAGUUUACCGUAGGACAAAGUACGGAAGCCAUAGGAACUGGCGAUCUCACCAAAAAAUCCAACAGGCCGCGAGCUCCUCCAUCAACGUGUCACGCGGAAAACAAGCUCGCGCUUCAUUUCACGCGUAUGUUCUCGUGUAUUCCGUAGAAAGAUCCAUCCAUUGAUGUUAAAAAUUGUCAAUGAAAGAAGAGAAGACGCGUGAAAACGUUUUGCCAUUUUGCUUGGCGACGGGGCGUACGCGUUAACCAGAUUAAAAUCAUUCAAAUUAAUUGUCUCGAAAGCAAGAGACGCACGCUCAAAAGUCACUCGAAUCAAAGAGAUAAUCCAUUCACGGCUUAUCGAAGAACAGGCUUAUCGGUUUUCAAUUUACACGGAUGCUUCGAUACUUUGCUGUCCUCUAUGAGGAAUAUUCGAUCGCCAGUCACGCUGCUGAUAUACUUCGAUCCUUCCUAUCGUCCCGUAAAAUACCACACCACACAACCCCUAUCGGCAUAACCCUGGCCGUUUUGUUUAUGCGCUUUUAUCGAAGCUAGGCCGUCGGUCUAUCAACUUUUACUCUCGUCGAUAAAUCAUUCCUACCUCUCUCUUCUUCGUUUUUCUCCUUCUACCGUCGUAUAUAUAUAUAUAUAUCGUUCGAGACUCGAAAAUAUUUGUCACGUACGAAUAACGAGGUAGUGGUGGAUUCUCACGCAAAUGUAACCGCGCCGAUUCAACGCGAUAGUCCCAGGGGGAUUCGCGGAGUUCUAACUCCGGCAAAUCCACGCGAUCAAGCACAGCUCGUCGCCAAUUUGCACGCUGAAUCGACCACUGAUAUUGCAGCCGCUGCCGCCACAUUCGGUCACGCGCCGGAUGAAAUCCAGAGCCGAGUGGCAACAAGAUUGCAGAAACGUAUGUGAUCCGCGAGUGAGAGCGAGUGAAACGCGAAGAACAAGGAACGCGACCGUGAACGCGCAGAACGCGUCAAAAUUCGCGUGUGUGCUCGCACUAAAUAUAAGAGAAACACGGGCUAUCCAUGUGAAAAACAAAGGAUUGUUUGUCAGUGUCUGUGAUCGUGGAUCGCGUGUGCAUCGACGAAGAUCAUCGAGCGAGAUCGUGUAGCAACAACGGAUCCGUGGAAGCUGGGAGGAACGUUAAAUGAAUGUUGUUGCAAGGGGUGGCUGUGAUCGUGAAAGUAGAAACGGUGCACGGCGGAAUCGGCCGAUUUCAAGUCAUAAAUGCGCGAGAGGAGGAGCCCACAAUGGUGGCUCAGCUCCCGCAACAAGUUCUACUGCUGCUCGUACUCGUCACUGGGACGGCCGCGGAAGCCACACGCGAGACGGAGGAGUCACUGUGGAAUACGUACGACGCGAGAAGGAGCGGCCGAACCUUUGCCUCGUCCUUCAGUACGGAACGUACCACCGGAGAAACCAAAUCUAUCGGAAAGUUUCACCAGACAAGUUCCUGGCACGCGGACAGCUCGAGUUCCCGGGAACGAGUCACGCUGGACUUGUUAAAGCCGACCAGCGGGAGCCUGGACGAGGACGAAGAGGAGGAAGAGGAGAUCGAAAUGCAGAGGAACAUCGAAGCGACGUAUAGGACGGGAAAGAAUGACACGGGAAAAGUGAAAAUCUCGAACGAAAACGCGGCCGUGUUUUCGAGGAGUAUGGAUGACACGAGGCAGAAAAUAAAUCUAUCUACUUCACGGACGUUUAUCCAAUCAACGCCAGAACGAUGGAGCUUUAACGCGAACAUCAUUUCCCCGGCAAGUUUUGACAACAUAGUGGCGACGCAGAAAGCCAAGUUAUUCGACUCCUGGAAAAAUCGGAGGAAUGUCAGCACAACGCCGACUCCGUUCGUUGUAAACGACGUUAUACGUCGUCAAAUGAGGCACGUUACAGAAAAGAACGCAUGCGAGAAAUUCACUAUCGGUGACGACACUAAACAAGAAUUUUACAGUCCGAGGUAUCCAGACAACUAUCCAAACCUCACGGAGUGCGUGAAAGUCCUGGAAGCUAAGGAAGGCAUGCUGUUAAAGCUCGAUUUUCGAGACGAAUUCAAACUCGAGGGGAGUGCAGACUGUCGUUACGAUUUUCUCGAGGUACGUGACGGCCAGCACGGCUACUCCAAUCUCCUCGGUAACUUCUGUGGCAAGAAUUUCCCCCCAGAGAUCACGUCGAAGACGAGAUAUCUCUGGCUGCGAUUCCACAGUGACGAUAGCAUCGAGGACAAGGGUUUCAAGGCCGUUUGGAGUAUGAUACCAAGACCAACCUAUCCGGGAGUGCCACCAGAACCGGAGCCGUGUGUCAAAUACGUGAAUGGCGUGCAGGCAAUUAUUAGCAGCGAUGACGUGCAGGACAAGAAGAUUGUCGCUGAGAAGGAAGGCAUCCCCUUGGAUUGCAUGUGGAACAUCACCGUCAAUGAAGGAUGGAAGAUUCAGCUGGUAUUCUCGGAUCCCUUCAAACUGCAACGACCAAACGAGUGCGACGCCAACUUCGUGGACAUAUUCAAAGAACGCACUGACAUGUCCUCCAGAGAGAAGAAUUUCUGCGGCAGCAUCGCCGACACCGUCCUCAUCGGGACCAAUAUCGCCUUUGUCAGGUUUUACGCGGAGCCUAAAGCACUGAACAGCAGCUUUGAGGCCGUCAUGACAGCGCUCAGAGACAGAGAUCCGGGAGACAAACCUUGCCUCGAUAAUGAGUUUUAUUGCGAGGAUGCAACAUGCAUCGCCGCUGAAUUGCAGUGCAACGGGAGAAUCAAUUGUCGUUUCCGAUGGGACGAAGAAGAUCAAUCUUGCAACAAGAAAAAAUCUCGAUUGAUCGACUCCCAGCACAUCGUUAUAAUCCUCAUCGUUUUCUCGCUGAUUAUGUUUGGCAUGAGUUUCGCCUUCGUUUUCAACUGCGUGAGGAAACUGGUCCGGGAUCAUCGAAUCAUUCGGGAACACAUUAGACAAUCCAGAGAAAAUCGAUUAGACGAACUCGGACGAAAGACAACACCCUGCCCAAUCUCGUCUUCCAGAACAGACAUCAGGGACCGAGGAAGCGACUCGCCGAGCCUGGAAGUGAUCCCGAGCAAAGAACUUUUACAGCCCACUACGCUAAUACCGCAGGACUACACGAAAGAUCUCGUAUUGGAAAUGGCUUACAAUACGAGGGACAUGAAUGACAUCCAUCAAAGUAAUAAUGUUAGUAAUGCAACGCAGGAACGUCUACAGGAAAACAACGAGGAACCAGAAAUGCGCGACAAUUCUUGUCAAACACGAGAAAGCCUUUUCGAGCCUCGAAUCUCGGACAAUAUAAUACCCGUGGGUUUCACGACAUUCGGCGUUCGUGGUCCGGGCUCUCAAAACGGGACCAAUCAUCUUCAUCAUCACCGUCAUCAUCACCUCCACCAUCAUCAAAGUCCGACACAGUCGCGCCAAAGUGGCCAGUCUUCUCAGCACAGUAUGCAGCAGUCCUCCGAGCAUAGUUCUCAACAGCCAGGCUCUCAAUGCUCUGGUUGUAGUCCAGCAUCAAGAGGUCGGGACGGCAGUAUGGGUAUUUGUCCAAAACACAACCCAAUCCCAGCUCCGCCCGGCUGGUCAACUCACGAAUCUAGUUAUCCGUUACCUCUGCACCAAGGCUCUUCUUACCCGGAACAUCCGGAUUACCCAUCGUAUCAAAGGUUUCAAAGCCCGAAGCCAAGCAGAGAAAACAGUGUCUAUCGCCAAUCGCCGAAAUUAUUGAGGCAAGGAACGACUGGUUCCGGAGAGAGAUACGGCAGUUCUGUCUAUGGAUCUGGACACGGAUCUAGCAAUACAUCGAGCACCCAACACUCCGGCACGCCCAAGUGUUCACAACAAACGACGUCUGAUGCUAGGUACAGAGCAGAGGCGGUGAUAGAAGUAGAUCAGAGGCGACCUUUCAGUAUAGAGAGCACAAAGAGCGCACCGGACGUGAUCGCAACGCACUGACGCCG